UGGAACUUCAUGGGCAACCAGGUCCCGUUGGAACGGUGUGGCUCGUACUGCCAUGCCUGCGAUCCAACGAAAGAUGGAUCGCUCCCAUGUUCCAGCGGCUAUGUCGGAUCCGAAGAGUUCGUGGAAACUAGAGAGGUCAAGCAGAUGCACGCUUGGACGUCACCGGCUGGAACCCCACGAGGUGGAGAUCGCCCAACUGCAUCCCAAAGUGGAACUGGCCUUGGUCUUCGACGGACACCAACGUCCGCCUUAAAUCGGUCAGGGACUAUGAGUCAAGCCACCAUCACUACAUCUCAGGAAGUAGGGGUGUUAGAAGGCUUGCUUGGCAGGCUCACUGGUCUAGAAGAGAAGACAUUGCAAUAUCCUGACGGCUCUACUUUCACUGGAUGCUUGCGAAAUGGACUUCGCCAUGGCCCGGGGGUUUUCAGAAGCCACACUGAGAUCUACGAGGGCGAGUGGCAAGAUGAUGUGCAGCAUGGCGCCGGAAGACAAAUAUGGAAUGAUGGGCGAUGUUACGAAGGACAAUAUGUGAAAGGCCAUUUCUCUGGAAAGGGAAAGAUGGUUUGGAAGACGCCGAAAGGUGACAUGUGCUAUCAAGGAGAAUACUUGGACGAUUUGAAGCAUGGAAUGGGCAAGUUCACAUGGCCAGAUGGAAGGUGUUAUGAUGGAGAGUGGCUGUGUGGAAAAAGGCACGGCCGAGGAGCCUAUACCACUUCCAGGGGUGAUUACCGCAUUGGAUACUGGUCUGAAGACCGGUUCAUACGCUGGGAACAAAAUUCGUGUGAGCAGGACAGUCUAAACCGGAUGUUGCGGUGACGCUGCUGGCCAAAGGUUCGUUUGAAAGCAGCUGAGUCCGCUCUAUGCUCCUGCCUGUUUGCACGGUAAUCGGUCGACUGGUCCCUUGUUU